CAUGUCCGGUCGCGGCAAAGGCGGGAAGGGCCUGGGCAAGGGCGGCGCCAAGCGCCACCGCAAGGUGCUGCGCGACAACAUCCAGGGCAUCACCAAGCCCGCCAUCCGGCGCCUGGCGCGGCGCGGCGGCGUCAAGCGCAUCUCCGGGCUCAUCUACGAGGAGACGCGCGGGGUGCUCAAGGUCUUCCUGGAGAACGUGAUCCGCGACGCCGUCACCUACACGGAGCACGCCAAGCGCAAGACGGUCACGGCCAUGGACGUGGUCUACGCGCUCAAGCGCCAGGGCCGCCGGACGCCCCCUUCAUCCCACCGACUCGGCUCCUCAGUAAUGGCUCGGACCAAGCAGACGGCGCGCAAGUCCACGGGCGGGAAGGCCCCCCGCAAGCAGCUGGCCACCAAGGCCGCCCGCAAGAUGAAGAAGCCGCACCGCUACCGGCCCGGCACCGUGGCCCUGCGCGAGAUCCGCCGCUACCAGAAGUCCACGGAGCUGCUGAUCCGCAAGCUGCCCUUCCAGCGCCUGGUGCGCGAGAUCGCGCAGGACUUCAAGACCGACCUGCGCUUCCAGAGCUCGGCCGUCAUGGCGCUGCAGGAGGCGUGCGAGGCCUACCUGGUGGGGCUGUUCGAGGACACCAACCUGUGCGCCAUCCACGCCAAGCGCGUCACCAUCAUGCCCAAGGACAUCCAGCUCGCGCGCCGCAUCCGCGGGGAGCGGGCGUGAGCUCCGUCCUACCCACUUGCGCUGAAACCCAAAGGCUCUUUUCAGAGCCGCCUACCGCUUAAAUGGAAGAGCUGUAAGCCAAGGAGAGACGUCUGUCCCCAAACAAGGCUGUAGGGGGGCGGGUAGCAGCUGGGGCAGCUGCGUGGAAGUGGUGCUGUGGCCGCCCUAUUUUCUACCCGAGGACUCGCCGGCUGUCGCUGAGGCAGCUUGCGCUGCAUUUUCCGGCAGAGUGCGUGGCUCUGCUGUCAGUGAUAGAGCUGGGGCACUGCUAUUGCACCAAAUGAGGCCUGUAAUAACUAAAGGUCUAAUAAGGAGUUAAGGGCUUGUUGCGGCAAAUUAAAUGCACACUCACUGUGCAGAAUUGCACCCGAUGAAGUUGAGUAUCUCCCCCUCGCUGCAUGUCCUCAACCAGUGAAGCAGCAGGUACGUGGGAUAAUA